ACCUGAUUGACAACUUUUUCCUGACUGAAUUUGUGUAUAGUAAAAGGGCGUAAUCGUACAACCUGUAUGCGAGGGCGUGUGUGAACUGUACUACUGUCAUUGUGCGCGUGCAUAUCUUAUCGGAUAGUCAAUACAGGAUAUUUCGAAACAGCUUGGAGUUUUAUAAAUAGGACAGUUCGUGUUUGUUACAUCGAUAUUUGUGUUUAUACUAGACGGUUAAUUAUUUAUAUUUCAGACAUUUUUAAAAGAUCUGUAUAAAGGUGUUAAAAAUUAGAAGGACUUUAAGAAAUGGCGAAGAAUCCGUUAAGUUGUGGGGCCCAGUGCUCGAGGAUCACGCUAAUUACGUUAAAUGUUAUAUUUCUGUUAUUGGGUAUCGCAUUGUUGAUCCUGGGCCUUGUAUUUCGUUUCGGAGGAAGCGAAUUGAAGGAAGACAUAGAGCCUACAUUCAAAGACAUCUCUAUCAACGACUAUGACCUGUAUUCCCUACUUAACAGUCUGGCUAUUAUAUUCAUUGUCGUCGGCGCCGUCGUCAUCCUCUUUUCUUUCCUUGGAUUUGUCGGUGCUGUAUGUCUGGUCAGAGCUGCACUGGUUAUCUAUGCUAUAUUGAUUGGCAUAUGUUUAGCCCUGGAACUUGCCGGCGUUAUUCUGUUUUUCGUGCUGAGAUCUGAGAUGACGAAGGCGGUUAGGCUGGGUAUGAAAGAAUCUAUCGAGAAGGCUAAUGAAGGGAAAGAUGAUUACCUUAAAGCCACACAGUAUAUGUUUAAAACUUUUGAAUGCUGUCACGUUGAUAAUGAACACCUGCCCGCGUCGAAUUUAGGAGAAGCCACCAGCACGUGCUUGACCACUGGCAAUAAAUACUCGGUAGACUGCUAUGAUGCUUUCACUGACUGGCUCGAGUCCUACCAGAUAGCUUUUGUUGUUGUAGGAAUCUGUGGCAUGGUGAUACAGCUGUUACUCAUUGUGUUUGCGUGCUGGGUGUGUAGGUCUUCAAGGAAAGAGGAACUUGUCUAAUGACAAGACACAUCAAGAUUUAAUGAAAAGACACUUUAAGAUCACGUGGAUUGUGGGUUAUUGUGUAAAUGAUAAAACAACAAGAAUACAUUUGAGUGCAAUAUAUGUGCUAUUUAUAGAAUUUACAUACAUGUAUUUGUACUUUGUGGUAGAUUGAAACAAUGGCCGUUUCACUGUAAUUGCUGCGAACGUUUUAUGCUCAUAAUACAAAAGUAAAAAGAACAAAAAUAUGGCACAGUAAUCAAAUUACAGCACAAAACAUAAAGUAAUUUCACAAAACAUUUAUACGAUUUUUUCAUAGUUAUUAGAUAAAAAUCUGGAUAUGACGAUUUUAUACACCACUUAUAGCUAUUACUCGCUUGUGCUUUGUCGGCUAUAAAAAUAUUGUCCGCUAAACAUUUAACAUGUACAUUGUAGUAUAUAUGAUUAUAGCUGUUUGAAAAUGUUCUUAAAUAUUAAAA